AUGUCGGUUCGCAUUGCUCUGGCCAACCCGCCAGAGUUCUAUACCAACCUCGAUGUCAUCUCCGGCAAGAUUAUUCUCGGCAUCAGUCGGCCAGAGCAAAUCGGCGCUGUCAUCGUCAAACUCGAAGGCGAGUCCAAAACAGCCUUGGGUGCCCCGGAUGCAACCGACAUCCAAUUUGGAGGCGCAAGUCGACGACGAGCUACUGUCGCAGAAAAUUCCCAGACCCUUCACGAGAACCACAAGAUUCUCUACAGAGUCCAGCAAGUCUUUCCCGGCGAGAACGUCCCCGCCUACGCCACACCAGUGGUCCUCAAUCCCGGGCAACAUGAGUGGCCAUUUAGCUUCAAAGUACCCUUCAACAACGCUUGCGGCGAUCCCAAUGCAAUGGUCAAGAUAGGUGGUCUGGCUGGCGCUGGAGGCUUUGCGGGCCCGAGUCUCUUUGGAAUGGGCGGUAUCAGGUUGAUGGAUGGGAGCAAACAAUUGCUGUACCCUCAUGUCACCAAGACACUUCCUCCAAGCUUCACAGGCUUCCCCAGAGAGGCAGAAAUUAGGUAUUAUGUCAAGGUGACGAUCCAGCGGCCAGGGCUUUUCAAGGAGAAUAUCAGGCAUCAACUUGGGUUCAAAUUCAUGCCCAUCGAACCACCGCGACCACCGUCAACAAAUCAGGAGGGAUAUGCAAGGCGGCCUUUUACAUUUACGCCCAAGAGCCCAGGGAGCAAUGGCAACCUACAAGCGCAGUCAAAACGGCAAUCCGUGUUCAGCCGCAAGCAAAGCUCAACCAGCCUCGCAGCCAAUGGCUCAUCAUCCUCAGACCACGAUCAGCCUCCGUCAAUAGAAGUCUCUGCCCGGCUCCCACAUCCGGCGAUUCUCACCUGCAACAAACCCAUUCCGCUCCGUCUGCUCGCCAAGAAACUCGUCGCAACCAGCGCAGAAUGCUACUUGGUCUCACUCCAGGUUGACCUUGUUGGCUCCACUCUUGUCCGAUGUCAGGACCUCGUCAACACAGAGACAACACGCUGGGUUGUCGUCACGCGUCACGACCUCGCCAUUCCACUGCAAAGAGGACCCAACGACGCCGUUGGCACUGAAACAGAAAUAAACAAUGUGUUGUGGAGCAACAGGCCCUUACCCAACACCGUCAUGCCGAGCUUCGUAACGUGUAACCUCAAGAGAUCGUACGCAUUAGAACUCAAACUCGGCGUUAGCUGGGGCAAACCGCCAGGGACCGCAACAGCUAUCCCAGAUGAAGGGGCCUCACAGUCUUCUCUACCCUCGAAGAUGAAGAUGGGCAAGUCCAAAGGCAAGGGGAAGGAUCCCAUGUACAACAUGGCGCAGACGAUGUUCCUACCGCUGCACUUCAGCUCGGUACAGGUAUACUCGGGCCUCGAGCCACCAGCGAGCCUAGCCCAGGCCGCCAUGAAAGCCCGCAGACAACAAACACAACAAAGGCCGACUGCCCGCCCUAGCCAGUCCGCGCCCGCGCUCCCGCCGCGACAAGAACGGCCGCACGACCCGCUGUACCCGCCACAGCUCAGGCCCGGGCAGACUGCCUCCCAGGCGCAGUCACACAACCAGGCGCCGACUGCCGCGGCCUCUGCUGCGGCCUCUGCCGCUGCUGGUGGUGCUGUUGCAGAAGCGCCGCCGGCGUACGACGAUGCGCCACCGAGCUACGAUGAUGCGAUGGCUGAUGCGAUGGUAGAGCCUGUAGUGCCGGAUGGUCGGGCGCGCCCUGCGUGGAGUGGCGUUACGAACGAGAACUCCCCUGAUAGCUUGCCAGGAAAGAGUUGA